AUGGCUGAAAAGAAAUCCGGAUUAUGGGCGUUUUUUGACGUUAAAACAAACGAUAAAUCCAAGGCAGUUUGUAAGGAAUGCAAUGCAGUAUUAUCGCGGGGUAAGCCUGAUAACCCCAAAAGUUUCUCAACGUCUUCUUUGAUUACUCAUCUAAGGUCAAAGCAUCCACUUCAGUAUCAUAAUAUGAACAGUUUAAAGUCUUCGAUUGCAGAAGACCCAGCUACAUGGUGGAAGUUUAACACUACAAAGUAUCCAACCAUAUCAAAGGUUGCACAAGUUUACCUAGCACCUCCAACAAGUGUACCAUCCGAAAGAUUGUUUAGCACGGCUGGAGACAUCAUCACUGAGCAUCGCACAAGACUGCUCCCUGACAACGCUGAGAAGCUGAUAUUCUUAAAAUACAAUGCUUCUCUUAUUUAA